UAAAAACAUGUACACUUCUUUGGUUUUUAAUUAAACAUUGUUGUUAUGGUUUUAUUGUCUAUUAUUAAAUAUUAGAUAACAUGAAUCAAACUUUGUAUUUUGAAAUAUAUUUUAUAUUAUUCAAUUUUGACUUAACAAGAUGAAUUUUGAACAUUUGAUUGUUAGUAACAUAUUAUUAAUAGUUUCUGUAGUUUGUUAUCGUAAUCAACCACUUAGUAGACAACAAGCUUGUUUGGCAGGUGGAGAAGUAGCACAGAAAUUUGAAUUUCCUUUUAUGACAGUCAUAUACCAUAAGACUAUGUCAUGUUCCGGAGCGAUUGUAUCAGAAGAAUGGGUUUUGACGGCAGCUCACUGUUUUUCCAUUAAUUAUAUAUUAGGUAUAAGACCUAGCGAUGUCAAAGUAGUAGCUGGCAUAGUAAAUUAUAUUGAACGAACAAAUAAUUCACAAGUCAGACACGGAACAGAAGUUCACAUACACCCAAAUUAUAGAGUAAAACGAGUUGCAAAUGAUGACUUAGCUAUCAUUCGAGUCAAACCAUUUCUUAUGACUAUCGCUGUUAAUAUCAUUCAUGUAUCAGAUAAAGGGCUUCCAAUAAAUGAUUACAUACCAUGUACAGCUAUAGGUUGGGGAGAAGUUGAUACACCACCUGGCCGACAAAAUACACUCUUACACAAACUUAAGGUAUUUUCUUCAAUGUCUGCUAAAGCAUGUCCAGGUCUUCAAGAUUGGGAGAGAAGAAAAAUCAUUUGCUUACAACAAGAUCAAGGAAAAGGAUUAUGUGACGGUGACUCUGGUGGUCCACUAAUAUGUCAAGGCGAAUUAUACGGAAUAGCUCAUCAAGUAUACAAAGAAAUAAAAAAUGAUAGUGAACGAAAAGAUUUAGAACGUUGUGGAGCGGCUGGUAUCACUCAUACCUAUAUGUUUGUGUGCCCAUACUUAAAUUGGAUACAUCAUUACAUUUAUACAGUGCCAAACAUGCCGUCAACAUGUUACUGGAAUAGUGGAAUAUAGCAAAA